AUCUUUAUUAAUUUGGCACUUGGGUUUCGUAAAUUAUAAGAAAAAUACGCACGAACGCAAUGAUCAAAAUAUGUAAACAAAACACACGUGGCCGCUUGACAGGAGGCGCCGCGCACGUGUCCCGGGCUGUCACAAUGGCGAGUGUUCCCGGCGAGGUGGACGCUCAGGAGUAUUUCACAGAGGAGGAGUGGAGCGGCGUGGUGGCCAUUGAGAAAAUACGCCUCACCAAUGUGCUGAGAAACUACAGGUGCAUGCAGGCUCAAGGUAUCGAUGUUAAGCCUCCGGACUUCGUUGCCAGAUACGAAGAGCGCAAAAAGCAGGAGGAGCAGCUUCUAGCAUCUCAGCUGCGCGAAAGUGAGGCAAGCAUUGUGCAGUCUCCUCAGGGCAACUCAGACUGGGAUACAACUCAGGGACAAACCUCGUGUGACACGAUUCAGGAUGGGGACUCAGACAUCGUAUCUCCAAACAGCAGUGAAAUCUUACAGGGAAACAGCUAUUGGCAGGAUACAUUUACGAACUUCUGUCAGUUUUGUUACAUCUUCAAACUCCUGGAGGGCGAGGAGCCAGAAAUCAAGCUUCCUAGUUUUGGAGAAUGUUCAGUGAGUGGUCAGAGUGAGGCAGUUCCUUUCAAGCCCUCCAACAGCCAGUCAUUUAGUUCGUUAUCCAGUCAGUCUUUCAGCAGUCCGUCAUGCAGUAACCAGCCAUGUAGGUGUCAGCCAUCAGCAAAGACGAAAAUUCCCUCCCCUAUUGAUGACAGCAAAAGUACUACCCAUGAGAUUAACUGUCAGGAAUGUGGCCAGAAGUUCGCCCAGAAGAAAUACCUCAAGAACCACAUGAAGAGGUUCUCGCUUACUGAUGAAAACCGUCCAUUCAAGUGCCUCUUCUGCAAUCAUUCUUUCGUGCAUGACAAGAACCGCAAGUUUCACGAGCGCAUUCAUAACCGCAAACUCAUAACCUGCUGUCACUGUUCCCUGACCUUCACCGAUCUUGCCGGGGCCAGAACACAUAUGGACGAGGAACACCAGAAUCGGGUCCACGUGUGCCAUGAAUGUGGAUAUAACUUCUCAAACUCCAGCCAUCUCAUGCGGCAUAAAAGGGAGGUCCGCCAGGCAUACCCCCAUCAGUGCCAUGUCUGCGGCCAUAGAUACCUGACAGCUGUGGCCUUAAACAGACACGAAACAUACCACUUAAGACUCAAGACUUUUAAGUGUAGAGUCUGCCUGAAGGAUUUUUCCUCAAAGGCCCGGUUACAGAAGCACCUACAGGCCCAGAGGACGGAAAAGAAAUACGAAUGCCCGUGUUGCAAGGUGAAGUUCUUGGCCCAUAAGAGUUUCAAGAAGCAUGAGAAGAUAUUUAAUGGUGACAGGCCCUUCAAGUGUAAGAUAUGCGGCCAUGGUUAUAAUUCUAAGCCUCGUCUGACUUUCCACAUGAAGGUACAUUUUAAGGAACAGCCAUAUGGAUGUGAAAAUUAGAAGAAUAUUGAAGUAUGGAUUGUGUUGAAGGGUGUUAAAAGGAUUUAGCUAUGGUUCGAGUGUAGAAAUUACAUUUUUAGUUAAUUUUCGUAAUAAUAACGCAAAAAAUACUGCUGAAGGCUUGUCAGAAUGAUUUUUAUUGAUAUACAUAAUAAUUUCUUUAUCUUAAAUGUAAUAUAUAGAGAAAUAAGUCAUAUAUCUGGUUAAGACUUAUGUAGUAAUUGCAAUUUUUAAGUUGUUUUCGUAGAUGUGACCUUAAAAAAUACUGUUUGAGGCUUGUCAGAAUGCAUUUGAUUGAUACAUGAAAUAGUUUCCUUAUGUUAAAUGUUAUAUACAGAGGAAUAAGUCAUAUAUACUUAAGGCUUAUGUAUUAUAAAGGUUUGAUAUUCCUCAUUCUAAUAUUUUUUGUACCUAACAUUCGUGUAUGUAUUAUUUUUUUCGCGUCGUAACUAUGCAACACACAAACGCACGCACAAACACCUGGAUGACGUCAUAGGCACUGUGCCACCGACCCGUUGUCAUGGUAACGGGCGGCGGCCAUCAUGGAUUUUUAUGUAAACACAGGCUCUGAUUGGCUGAGAGGGCGAAGGGGGCGUGGCUUAGAGGACCAAAAGGCAUGUGGGCGGGGCGAAAGGGCGGGGCUUAGAGGUGCAUGAGAGAGGUGGGAGGGGCUUAAGUGUGUGUGUAUGCGUAUGUGUGUUACUUAUUAUUUAUACUAAGGAUUAAAAUGAAAUAAAUAUAGACUCUGCUUUAAGUUAUAAGUAAUGAAUAAACUGUCAAUCUAGCUUAAUUUACAAGGUGUUACGUAUAUUAGGCUCAUGUUUGAAGCAGAAAUAUAGAGGUUAAUGCAUGGUGAUUAUAUAUAUAGCUACCAUAUAUUAAUUUAUUUUACUGUAUAUUACGUGUCAGACUUUCUAUAUGCAAAUAAAUACUUAA